CAAAGUUGAUUUAAAGAGCAAAAAAUUUCAGAUUCUUCAGUGCUUUCAUCUCUAAGCACGUGAUUUUUUUCUAUAGUCGUCAAUUGACCAUGUCGACGCAAAUAGUAAUCUGCAUUCGAGCAGUGUUACCAUUGACAGCUGAGCGACACUAAAAUCUCCCGCUGAAUUCAUUGAUAUUGGACUAUACGAAAGAAUCCACGGGUAGCAUCAAGAUGACCCAACCAAAAUAGACUAUUCGAAGAUUUAUUUGGCAUUCAAUACGUAAGAACGCGCCAAGGAAAUUUGCUCAGUAUUGGGCCUUCACAUUAAUGCCAAAGCUUUGUCUAUGAUUCUUCGUAAUACAUAUACGUCGUCAAGGAUUGAUAUUUUCAAUGCAGCGACUUCCAUACUUGGUUUGUCCACCCGCUGUAAAAGGCCUGUGGUUUCCCAGUAUGUUCUUGCUCUCUAUGGAAAGAGAAAAUCAGUUGGAAAGCGGUUGUUUUCUGGGAGUCUAUAUUAGCAUAGCGUGUCCGUGACCGAUUCAAAACCAAAUAAUCUUCGACGUGUAGCGACAGCCAAAUGUAUUUCGUAGUUCUUCUGUUUGCUUACUCUCUUCGAUUUUCAUGGCUUUAUCGAAAAGACAUCUAAUCUCGAGAUUUUUGAUGGCAAGAACAAGGAGGAAAUGUUUAUCAUUACUGCUAACUUCUAUCAUUUUAUACGUCGUUGGCAGUUUUAUCUGCUUGCAUAUUCGCGAUUAUCAUAAUGGACUCAAGAUUUUUAGCAAAGAUGAUUCACUCACAACAACCGACCUUUUUCGACUAACACAAACAGUCUCUGUAACGCGUGUGAAGGAAGUUUUUGAGGUACACCGCGACGAAUGGGGAAAAAACGAGCUUGUAACAGCUGACAAGUCGCAAAAUUCACCGAACAUUGAAACAAAAAUCAUUGAUUCAACAAACAGGGAAAGCGACCUGUCACCGCGGCUACAAGGAUCACAACGAAAAUUUUUGUUUGUUUUCCGCUAUUAUGAGCAGUUAGGUAGAGCGACGAGUAACCUUUUGGAUUUAGCCUCACUGGCGAAGAACAAAAAUCGUGUUUUGGUAGUUCCAUAUGUAAAUAAUUCUCGCAUGUCCGGUUUACCAACUGGAGUAAGUCAUAACUUUCGCAAGCCUGAACAACCUCCGCACAGUACUUACUCUUUACUUAGCGAGUACUUCGAUUUGGACGACUUAAACUUAAAAUUAGAGUCUCGAGGUUAUAGCACUUUAAGAAGCUUUCGUGACCUCGAGUCCGACUGCAAUAAGAGAUUCAAUAUCGUGGUGCACUUUUUAUUCCAAGAUAAAAAUUACAAAAAAGUAGCCGCUCUGUGGUACAGGAUAACUCAAGAGGAGGUUGAAGCCACUUAUAAAGGGGCUCGAGAACGCGAUGGCUGGGUAGACUGCCCUUUUAUAAAGCACUCACGCCUUAACAAACAGAUACAGUUUAAAGUAAAACGCUAUAUUUGCGUUGAUCCGGAAGUUAUAAAGACUGCUAGCGAUUUAGAAGAUAAUGUUCUUCAAGGAGCUAAAUGUGUUGGUAUAGUUCAGUGGAGAGGUACGGGCCAAGAUAGAGUUCACUUCCCUUUAGACCCAUCUAUAACACAGCCUUUACGACCGGUCGACCUAGAAUUUAACUCCGAACUCGUCGAGCUGGCGAAAAACUUUGUGAAAGAGAAUUUGAAUGAAGGAUUUAUAGGCGUACAUGUUCGUUCCGAGAGACAUAUAGCUCGCAAAGGGGCGAACGUUACAAAACGAUGCAUGGAAAAACUUGCAAACCGCGUGCAAGCCUUGCGGGACGCUUUGAAGAUCAACAAAGUCUUCCUUGCCUCAGAUUUAACAGAUUAUGGCUCGGAUACGUUAAUGAAUUUCGCAGACAUGAACUACCGAAAAUCUCUAUCGACGUACCUUCGCAAUGUUUUAAGCAAGCCUGUGAUGUUUAACCCGAAUGGAGUUCUUUACGACAAUGGCGCCGCGGCAAUUGUCGAAAUGAAUAUCCUUUCCAUGGCUGAAAAGCUUUUCACUCUUGGAGGUGGAAAUUUUCAAGAAUGGGUGGUAGGUUUGUUUCUAAGGAAGCAUAAUCACCAACAGACAAGAAUACAUCGAAUUUGUGAACUUAACGAAUAGUUUAAAACGAGAAAUUUUUCUGCACACAGAGGGAAAAAUGUUUCUUCUCUCCCGGGGUUUCAACGUAACAAUUUAAACUUACGAAUUACCAGUAAUUGCGUAAAGACGAACGGGAGAAUUCAAAUAUUUAUUUGGUUUAAGAUGUAAUGAUAUUUCGACCACAACCUUUAUUUUAAACAGGAAAAGAAUAUAACAAUGAAACAUUGACAAAAAGAACAAGAUAGGAUAAAAUAAAAAUUAGGUUAAAUUAUUUUCGAAAGUUAUUACUAAAUUAUGUUUUGUAAAUAGCUCCCAUUUGUGCAAGACCUCUCUCGAAGCUUUUCUUUUAGUUAGUUAUUUAUAUUUUCACCUUGAUAGAUGCAAUAAGUUAAGUCUGGGUUUUUCUCGUGAUCGAAUGACUCAGCAGAAGUAUGGAAAAUGUUGCUUCUGCGGUUCCAUACAGGCGUGAAUUGAAGGCAUAGAAUACAUCAGUUUUUUUUUUGUAAUUUAGACCUUCAUUCAUGUAUGCCACAACGACGAAAAGAUAUCAAAAGCUUUUCAUCUGAUUUUUUCCUCUCUAAAUCCUUGCGAAACGUCUUAUAUUAUAUUAUGCAGUUAUGAAUUCGCGUCGAAUCCUUUCAAUGAUAAUCUUCACGACAAUCAUUAUUCAGGCUUUAACACACACAAAAACGAAAGAUGCUCACUGCAGCCCUAACUUUGUUCAAGACAGUGGUAUCUAUCAUCAAUUAGCCUUAGUUGAUAGUACAACGUUCAUCCAUGUCCGUGCUGCUCUCCAAUCAAGCGCGUUUUUGUUACCGAUUUAGCGCAGAGAAUCUAUGGUUGUUCAUCAGAGUAAACUGUUGAAGCAUGAUGACUAUCAAAAUUCCUUACAUAACAGUCCUUAAAAGACUCUUGUUUGGAGCGGUCAACUGCUUCCUUAAUGAAUAAAGAAACAUUAACUGUA